UCCUCUCUGUAAAAAAUCAAUAAAAUAUAUUAAAAAAAAAAAAGAAGUGGCUGCCGGGAGGGCCGGGUAGCUCAGCUGGGUAGAGGGUGUCAGGUUUCGCCAAGGCUGCGGGUUCGAUCCCGGUCAGGGCACAAACAAGGAUCAACCAAUGAAUGCAUAAAUGGAACAACAAAUCAAUGUUUGUUUCUCUUCCCCUCUCUCUAAAAUUAAUCUAAAAAAAAACGAAAAAAUCAAUCAAUUCAUCAAUGCAUCUGUCCAUUAAUACCCACUGCGUUGUAGAACUUCCUUUGGUUUGGAAAAGCCACAAAACUGUUAACUCUCAGUGACAAAGUGCUAGGAGCAUCUUUUGUCGUGAUAUUUGGUCUCUGAGCCCAGGUCCUGACACAGCCAGGACCCCUUGCCAUUUCCUGACAGGAUGGGAGGGGUCCCCUGGAAGAUGGAGCCGGGCCCCGGGGAGUGGGGGGGCUGGGAUCAAGUCCAUCAGCCAGGCCUGUGUGAUGAGGCCUCCAAGCAGUCCUUGGAGCACAGGAGCUGACCUGAGAGGCAGGCCGGGAGCAGCGGUGCGGGGAGGAGGCAGCCUGCGAGCCCACCCUGCCCUGCGCCUGCUCCGUGCAGCUGCCGCCUGGCUGGGCCUGAGCGGUGUCCUGUACAAUGACCCGGGGGUGAGCAGAUGUUUUCCUGAGCUCUGUGAGCCACUCGAGGAAAUGACUGAACCCGAGGGUGUGGGGACGCCAGUACAGCCAGUGGGUCAGAGCACAGGUGACAGCCUAGUGUGGGCAUCUGCAAGCGAAGGGGCCCUGAGCCCUGCGGGUCCUGCUGCAGCCCUGGGCGGGGACAGGAGGCAGCGUGGCCGCUGGGAGCGGGGAGGACCAGGGGCCGAGGAGGUUGCCACCCCAGCCAGCAGGCCCCAGCGGAGGCUUUCGGACUCAGGAGGCCCAAGUUCAAAGGCCUUGGCCGGCACCGUUCUUCCCCCAGGCCACCUCCCUCCUGGAUUCCCUGUGACCACGCCCUCACCUGCACCACUUUGCUCUGCUCAAAAGUCACCUCCUCCAGGAGGCCAACCCAGCCCCUUCUACCUGAAUGUCACACUGCAAGCUCCGCCCACCUCCUGCGCCCUGUUCUGCAUCCUGCUAGCUCCGGCCUCCCCCAAGGGAGCGUGCACACAGCCAAGGGCCACCAGGAGCUCGGACAGAGGCAUCGCAGAGUCUGUCACAGCCCUGCCUGCACCUGACCUUGGGUUUCUGGCCUCCAGAACGGAGAGCCGAGUCUCCUGUGGUCCCCAACAGUUUCCUGAGUGAAUGUAACGGGAAGCGAAGCAGACAACACGGGCCGGCACUCCAUCAGUUCCACUUCUCCCGUUCAAAGCCACUCGGCCUCUCAGGACACCCUCAAAGCCCAGCCUCGGACACGGCCCCCACCGCAAGGACCCGCACAGCGAGCGGCCUCCGGGGUGUGCAGCACCGUCUGACGGCACAAGUCACUUGGCCUUGCCGAGCCUCAGCUCCAAACGGGCUGAGCAGAGGGCAGUGGAGGAUUAAAUGAGAUGCGACUUGCAAAGCACAUAGGAUCACGCCUGGCCCAAGACAAGCUUGGUUAUUAUGGCUCCUCACCAAGAACCCUGCCGGGAGGUGAGCGCCUUACCUGCGGGCACCUGGGUGGCUCCCCGCUGCAGCAGCAGCUCCCCGCACUCCUCGCCGACGUGGCUGUUAUUCUUCAGGAGCCUGGGGAGACGGAGGGCGCUGGGUGCCGUGGGUCAGGAGGGGCCAGUGGGCAGGGAAAGGGAGGCCACCCCGCCAGGGCGCAGGCGGGGGGAGGGGCUGUCACAUCCGUGGGGGCGGGGUGUUUCCACGGAGCCCUGCCCACCAGGCACGGACAGGUGCUGGAGGCCCAGGUGUGACAGCCAGCGUGCUCACCCCGACCUGCGGUUCCCCACAGCCAGGGGGUCGGGACAGGCCUCAGAGGAAGUGCCACCUGGCUGAGGCCCAGAGGAGGGCGGUGAGCCAGGGCCCGGGACAGGCCUGGGGAGGGGCCCAGAGGGAGCAAAGGUGCUGACGGAGAGAGUGUGCCAGGGGAGAGCAGGGGGCGUCGCUGCACAGGGGAGAGUGAGGCAGAUGCAGCUGCAAUGGUGCCAGGGAGCCAGAGGCCAAGGCGGGCACAGAGAGAAGCAGGCUUGGUGUGGACUUGCCACCGAAGCUCCUUCCUCCGGCCCGUGACUGGCUCCUCCCACGUCCUCCCACCGCCUCCCCCAGCCCGCCUCGCCCACGGCACCCACCUCUGCAGCAUCUCCUGGGGGCGGAGCGCGCGGGGCUCCCCGGCGGCCUGCUCCACCAGCAGCGUGUGCUCUAUCGCCUUCCGCUUGUAGGUCAGCAGGUUCUCCAGCUCCUAAACACCCGCGGUUCUCUGGGCAGCGCCCCCGCAGACAGGGCCCGCCCCUCCCCCGCCCAGGCUCUGCCCUCAGCAGCCCCGGCCAUGCCUUGUGACCCGGGCGGGUUAACUGGGACGGGCCUGCUAGUUAACCCUUGACCCAGAGCAGGCCGCCUGCUGGCCCGGCCCAGCCGGUGGUGGGGACGGCGGAGGCUCAGCUUGGAUGACAGCUGGAGGGGCAGCUUGGACGAUGGAGGGGAACAUGGCCGGCAAAGUCAGGGACCACCUGGUGGUUGGAACGAUGCUUCAACCAGAAUUCACCUGGCU